AUGUCGAGCAAUGUGGUAGUAAAGAAAGAUGAUUCCAGUGCAUUUACUAUUUCUUUUCCCGUUGGGUUGUCUCAAUUUGCUAAAGAACUUUGUGAUUUGGGUGCGAGUAUAAACUUGAUGCAAUAUGCUAUAUUCAAGAAACUUGUCUUGGGUGAGACUAAACCAACCAUAAUGCGGCUUCUUAUGUCCGACCACUCCAUAAAGCAUCCCAUCGACAUCCUCUACGAUAUUUUGGUAAAAGUUGAUAAGUUUAUCUUUCUGACCGAUUUUGUAAUCGUUGAUUGUGAGAUUGAUGCUGAGGUCUUUAUUAUUCUUGGCAGGCCAUUCUUAGCGAUCGGUAGAGCCCUUUUUGAUAUGGGAAGCAGUGAGUUAAAGUUCUAA